AUGGGUAAAAAGCUGUAUUCCUGUCCCGAGUGCGGGAAAUGUUUUCUAUAUAAACCAGCACUGGAUGUACAUUACAGAUCUCACACUGGGGAGAAGCCGUAUUCCUGUCCUGAGUGCGGGAAAUGUUUUUCAGAUAAGACCAAUCUUUCCAGACAUCGUAGAUCUCACACGGGGGAGAAGCCACAUUCCUGUCCACAGUGUGGGAAACAUUUUUCUCAAAGAAAUGCACUAGUCACACAUCAGAGGUCUCACAAGGGUGAGAAGCCUUUUUCUUGUACUGAGUGUGGGAAAUGUUUUUCAAAUGAGUACAGCCUUUACAGACAUCAGGGACUGCACACGGGUGAGAAGCCACAUUCCUGUGCAGAGUGUGAGGCAUGUUUCCUUCAUAAAUCUUCACUGAUUAUCCAUCAGAGGUCUCACAAGGGGGAGAAGCCAUAUUCCUGCCCAGAGUGCGGCAAAUGUUUUUCAAAAAAGUCCAGUCUAUGCAGACAUCAGCAAUUACACACGGGCGAGAAGAAAUACUCCUGUCCUGAGUGCGGGAAAUGUUUUUCACUUAAGUCGACUCUUUGCAGGCAUCAGAGAUUGCAUACAGGAGAGAAGCCGUAUUCCUGUCUUGAGUGCGGGAAAUGUUUCCUUCAUAAAUCUUCGCUGGUCUCACAUCAGAGUUCCCACACGGGAGAGAAGCCGUUUUCUUGUCCUGAGUGCGGGAAAUGUUUUUCACGGAAGUCCUGUCUCUCUAGACACCAGAGAUUGCACACAGGCGAGAAAUUGUAUUCCUGCUCUGAGUGCGGAAAAUGUUUUUCACAGAAGACCAAUCUUAUUAGACAUCAGAGAUUGCACAUGGGUGAGAAACCUUUUACCUGCCUUGAGUGCGGGAAAUGUUUUUCACGAAAAUCAGACCUUAUUAUACAUCAGAGAUGUCAUACAGGGGAGAGGCCGUAUUCCUGCUCUGAGUGCUGGAAAUGUUUCUCAGAUAAGGCCGGUCUUACCAAACAUCAGAGAUGUCACACAGGCGAGAAGCCGUAUUUGUGUUCUGAGUGCGGGAAAUGUUUUUCACGAAAGUCCAUUCUUAUCGUACAUCAGAGAUUGCACACAGGUGAGAAGCCAUAUGCCUGUGCUGAGUGCGGGAAAUGUUACCCACAGAAAUCAGACCUCCUUAUACAUCAGAGAUCUCACACGGGGGAGAAGCCUUACUCCUGUCCUGAGUGCGGGAAAAGUUUUUCACAGAAAUCCACUCUUUCCAAACAUGUGAUAUUGCACACGGGCGAGAGGAUGUAUUCCUGCCGUGAGUGCGGGAAAUGUUUUUCGCAGAAAGCCCACCUUUUCAGACAUCAGAGAUCGCACACAGGUGAGAAGCCUUAUCCAUGCCCUGAGUGUGGGAAAUGUUUUUCACAGAAGGCCCAUCUUUCUAGACAUCAGAGAUCACACACGGGUGAGAAGCCGUAUUCCUGCCAUGAGUGCAGAAAAUCAUUACACACAGGCGAGAAGCCGUAUCCCUGUUCUGAGUGCGGGAAAUGUUAUCAACGGAAAUUCAACCUUCUUUUACAUCAAAGAUCUCACACGGGGGAGAAGCCUUACUCCUGUCCUGAGUGCGGGAAGUGUUUCUCAAAGAAGUUCUUCCUUUCCCUACAUCAGAGAACCCAUACAGGUGAGAAGCCUUAUGCUUGCCCCGAGUGCGGGAAAUGUUUUGCACAGAAGUCCUCUCUUUCCAGACAUCAGAGUUUUCACACAGGCCAGAAACCAUAUUCCUGCCCCGAGUGCGGGAAAUGUUUUACACAGAAAUCAGACCUUGUCGCACACAAAAGAACUCACUCAGGGGAGAGGCCGUAUUACUGCAGUGAUUGCGGAAAAUCAUUUUCACAGAAGUCCUGUCUUUCCAGACAUUGGAGAUCACACAUGGGUGAGAAGCCAUAUAGCUGCCCUGAGUGCGGGAAAUGUUUUACUAAGAAAUCAAAACUUGUCACACAUUACAGAUUACACACAGGUGAGAAACCGUAUUCCUGUUCUGAGUGCGGAAAAUGUUAUCAACGAAAAUUCGACCUUCUAGUACAUCAAAGAUCUCACACGGGGGAGAAGCCUUACUCCUGUCUUGAGUGCGGGAAAUGUUUCUCAAAGAAGUUCAUUCUUUUCAUACAUCAGAGAUCUCACACAGGCGAGAAGCCUUAUGUCUGCCCUGAGUGUGGGAAAUGUUUUGCACAGAAGUCCUCUUUUUCCAGACAUCAGAGUUUUCACACAGGCCAGAAGCCGUAUUCCUGCCCAGAGUGUGGGAAAUGUUAUACGCAGAAAUCGGACCUCGUCACACAUAGAAGAACUCAUUCAGGCGAGAGGCCGUAUUCCUGCACUGAGUGCGGAAAAUCAUUCUCACAGAAGUCCUACCUUUCCAGCCAUCAGAGAUUGCACAUGGCCAAGAAGCCUUAUGGCUGCCCUGAGUGCGGGAAAUGUUUUACACAGAAAUCAGAUCUUGCUAUACAUAAAAGUUUACACACAAGAGAGAAGCCGCAUUCCUGUUCUGAAUGCGGGAAAUGUUUUUUACGAAAACCAGACCUUCGUGUGCAUCAAAGAACUCACACUGGGGAGAAACCUUACUCCUGCCCUGAUUGCGGGAAAUGUUUUUCACUGAAGGCCCAUCUUGCCAGACAUCAGAGAUUGCACACGGGCGAGAAACCAUAUACCUGUACGGAGUGUGGGAAAUGUUAUCCACAGAAAUCCAGUUUUUCUAAACAUCAGAUAUUGCACACAGGCCAUAAGUUGUAUUCCUGUCCUGAGUGCGGGAAACGUUUUUCACAGAAGGCCCAUCUUUCCAGACAUCAGAGAUUGCACACGGGCGAGAAGCCAUAUGCCUGUACUGAGUGCGGGAAAUGUUAUCCGCAGAAAUCAGACCUUCGUGUACAUCAAAGAUCUCACACAGGUGAGAAGCCUUACUGCUGCCCUGAGUGCGGGAAAUGUUUUUCACAGAAAUCCAUUUAUUCCAAACAUCAGACAUUGCACACGGGCCAGAAGUUGUAUUCCUGUCCUGAGUGCGGGAAAUGUUUUUCACAGAAGGCCCAUCUUUCUAGACACCAGAGAUCGCACACAGGCGAGAAGCCAUAUGCCUGCCCUGAGUGUGGUAAACAUUUUUCCCAGAAGGUCUGUCUUUCGAGACAUCAAAGAUUACACACUGGUGAGAAGCCGUAUUCCUGUCCUGAAUGUGGAAAAUCUUUUUCACAGAAGUCCCAUCUUUCCAGACAUCAGCGAUCGCACACAGGAGAGAAACCUUACUCCUGCCCUGAUUGCGGGAAAUGUUUUUCCCAGAAAUCCAGCUUUUCCAAACAUCAGGUAAUGCACACGGGUGAGAAGUUGUAUUCCUGUUCUGAGUGUGGGAAAAGUUUUUCACUGAAGGCCCACCUUUCCAGACAUCAGAGAUUGCACACGGGCGAGAAGCCGUAUGCCUGCCCUGAGUGCGGGAAAUGUUAUCCAUGUAAAUCAGACCUUCUUGUACACCAAAGAUCUCACACGGGUGAGAAGCCUUACUCCUGUCCUGUGUGCGGGAAAUGUUUUUCACAGAGUUCCAGCUUUUCCAAUCAUCAGAUAAUGCAUUCAGAUGAGAAGUUGUAUUCCUGUUCUCAGUGCGGGAAAUGUUUUUCACGGAAGGCCCACCUCUCCAGACAUCAGAGAACACAUACGGGUGAGAAGCCUUUUGCCUGCUCCGAGUGCGGAAGAUGUUUUUCACAGAAGGUCUGUCUUACCAGACAUCAGAGAUCACACACGGGCGAGAAGCCGUAUUCCUGCCCUGAGUGCGGAAAAUGUUUUUCACAGGAGUCCUGUCUUUCCAGACAUCUGAGGACACACACGGGCAAGAAUCCGCAUGCCUGA